GGUGCUACGUCCCCGAAGCCGUCUCUGCUGCCAUCCCGCCCCAGGAAGAGAAGUUAAAAUGUAAGAGCAACCCAAUGGGCAAUCUCCCCAACAGAUGGUGACAAGAAAUCAUCCAGAUGGGGUGCAGGUGCUGUAAAAUGAUACAAAGCUAUCUCUUUGAUCCAGUCCAAUUGCCCUCCCCUGGCUAUGUCAAUGAAGUAAGCGGCUGCAAGUUGGAAGAAGACGACACUGUGAAGUUGAAAGGCAACCUAAGCAGUGAGGUCCUGGUGCACAAAAAUGUCCUUCCUGAUAAAGGUUUAGGAAGGACCGAGAGCAGAGGUAGGACAACUGGUCUACCUCACCAAGGACCACUUCCACAGGAGGAGACUGGAGGAAAACACUGUGUCACAAUCAAUGGCAUCAGCCCCACUCUGCAAUCCAGGAGUCCAAAACCCCAGCAGGGGGACAGUGGCUCCUGGGCCAGCACUGCAGACAGCAGCCACCCGACCCAACCCUUCCUUGAAGGAGAGGACAACAGGAAACAGGACUGUGUGCUACCUGCCUCAGAAGAGACCCAAGGAGGGACCCAAGGCAUCCAAAAUGGAGAAAACAGAGUCACCUCAGAGGUAGACAGUAGUGCCUUGGACAUACCAGAUCAUAUCCUGCAGAUACCAGCCCCGGAUUACCCUCAGCUUUGGGAUCCUGCUACAGAUGAUGGGGAUCAUGAAGAGAAGGACUAUCUUUUCCAGAACCACCCGGAAGAUAAGCCCCUGGGAGAAAUUCACCCCAGGGCCGACGAUCAUGGUUUGAAUCUGUCCUUCCCCAGGAAAAGGAGCUGGGAUUCACUAAACGAGGCCAUGACCACAGAAGUUCUGAACGUCUACUUCGAAGAGAAUGAUCCUCUUCAUGCCAUGCCUGGGGAUGAUUCCAGAAUGAAAGAAGAGGGCUCUCACAGAGCAGAAGGAGACACGGAUGUGGAGGUGGAAUAG